UUUUUUUGCACACAAAGGCAGGUGAAGAGCAGGUGGGAUGAUGAUGACGAGCCACAGUACGACCCCAACAAAAGAAUCAAAGCAGAGCCAGACCGAGAGGAAGGGAGCAGUAGCAGAGAACACGACAGCAGGAGAGUUGGAGAAGACCAAGGAGGGAGAAGGGAUCGCCGAGAAGGACCAAGGGAGAUCCAGUCGGAGAAUGGGAGAUCUAGAGGCAGUGUUGAGGAAGCGAGAACAGUGGUGAAGGAGAACGUGGAAGACAAUGUCAAGGAGGAGGAGCUGCAGAAGCCAAAUAUGGGACUCUCAGGAAAACUGACCGAGGACACAAAUACCUACAAUGGGGUUGUGAUCAAGUAUUCGCAACCCCCCGAGGCGAGAAAACCCAAGAGAAGAUGGAGAUGGUACAUAUUCAAAGGUGAUGAAGACCUGCCGUUCUUGCCACUCCACCGACAGAGUGCCUACCUCAUCGGCAGAGAUCGCAAAGUGGCAGACAUCCCAACAGACCACCCGUCCUGCUCCAAACAACAUGCGUCCUCCAGUACCGACUCGUGACCUACAACCGAGAAGAUGGGA